CCCCUUGUCCUAUUACUAUCCACCCCUAUAAAGCUGUUCCCCCUCCUUGAAUGCCAGCCCCUUAAACUUGAAAUAGAUUUAGUUUAGGUAUUUGUGCUUCCCAGAGUGUAUGGCAUAAAAUACUCAACUUGAUGAAUUUCCUAAUAAACAGCACAUUGUUUCCUGCUCUGAAAUGUAAAACACCAACAGCGUUCGUAUUGCAGUGUGUCAGAUUUACUUACACUGUUUCUUUAUGCACAGCCAUACAAAGCCCUGUUUUCUGAAGCACAAGUGGAGGCAUGUUUCACUUGUUUGGUCCUUAAACUUUUAUGCAAUUGAAAUGAAAAUAACAUCUUCAUUUAGUUCCUUUAUUGUGUUAUCCUUCAUUAUUUGAGUUUUUGACUGUCUGGUAAGUUGCCAGGAUGCUUUAAUUUUCGCUGCCUACAAAGGUCUGCAAAUCUGUGUUACUCACUUUCUAAGCUCUUUCUCUGAUCAGAGGAGUUGCUCACAUAUUUUAGGGAUGAUGUUUUGGAAAGCGCUUGGGUAAAUGGCAGUGUUUUGUGUUUAGAUUAGACAGCUUUAAAUGUUUGUUCCUAAAGCUGCCUGGCGUGAAGGCUCAGAUGGCUGAUAGCGGUAAGUACAGGAGCCCAGUCUGCUCCAGCAGGAGACAGAAACCUCCUGGAUGGUGGUAGUGUGUGGCUGCAUAUGACAAAUAUGCAAAGCAUAGGAGAAAUGUAUUUAUAAAAGGCGGGGGGGAGUGAUUUGGGAUGAUUACACUAUAAUUGUUUUGGUGACUCAACAUCCUUGUCUGUGCUUCAUUUUCCAGUGCUGACUAAGGUGGGUGAGUAGUUGGGAACGUGUACUGAAAUGGAAUUUCGGCAUCAUCUUACAGGAAAAGAAAGCAGGGAAAAAGCAGAAGCUUUUCGUUUUGACAACUGUAUGGUCCAGUAAGGGACUGGGCUGCAAACAUCUGCACCGUAUUAGAGGGUUUCGGUUCAUAUUUUCCUUAUUUAAUGCAAUUAGUUUGUAUCUGUGUGUGCCAUCUUACUGGUAAGGUGGUCACUUUUAGAGAAGAGAUUAUUGUUUUGGUUAAGUUUGAUAUUUCUUAACCCGGUGAGAAAGGAUGGAGGCAGUCUGUAGUUCUGAUGUGCGGAAUGUUCAGCGAUGUGUGCGGGACUUCUUUUGAUUUUGUUUGCUGCAAUGCUUUCUUUAUAAGUAUGUGAUCUUUCUUCUUGCUUUCAGAUCCUGACUAUUAACUUACAUAAGCUUUAAAAAUGGGAAGAAUUUUUCUGGAUCACAUUGGCGGCACUCGCCUGUUCUCCUGUGCAAACUGUGACACCAUUCUGACCAAUCGUUCGGAGCUCAUCUCCACUCGCUUUACAGGGGCCACAGGGAGAGCCUUUCUUUUUAACAAGGUGGUAAAUCUGCAGUACAGUGAAGUUCAGGAUCGGGUCAUGCUCACUGGCCGCCACAUGGUUCGAGACGUGAGCUGCAAGAACUGCAACAGCAAACUGGGCUGGAUCUAUGAAUUUGCCACUGAAGACAGCCAGCGCUACAAGGAAGGCCGUGUUAUCCUGGAAAGAGCUUUGGUCCGAGAGAGCGAAGGAUUUGAGGAGCAUGUUCCAUCUGAUAAUUCCUGAAGAGGCUUGAAUCUUCUCUCAGGUUCUCUUCAUUUGAAACUUAAAGUAAUAAAAUCAACAAAAAAAUCUGCUUACAUACACUGUCACCUUAGCAUCAGAGUCGGAUUCAUGGACUACAGAGUGGGAAAGAUUGUGAGAGUAUUUCAGAUGGAACCUUCCUUUCUUUGUUCCUUUAUAUUUUACUUUCCCUCCAGCAGCUGUUUGUAGAAAGAUUGUUUUGCAGUUGCUGUAAGUUUUUCUCUCUUGCAUUUCCAUCUGUUAGAUCGGAGACAGUAUCUGCAGAUACAGUGAGCUAAAAGGAAAAUGUUGGAAGAAUUUUUCUUUUGUUAGAGAGAGAUCAAUGGUUGUUUUUGUUUGGUUUUUUUUUUUUAGUUUGCACAAAUUGAUGUCAGCGUAAAGUUAUUUUAAAAUUACAGGUGUUUUUUAAAAGUAUAUUCCAAUUUUUGGCAUAAGAUUUUAGCUACUUUUUUUCUACUCAAUCUUUUCACCUGAUUUGCUAGCUAAAGUAAAGAGAUCCGAAUUUGUGCCGAGUGCUAAAGGUUCAGUGUUGGUACAGCUUGGGCUGGCCCUCGUGCCAUAUUCUUGUUGAGGUUGAUUGGUAGCACAGAGCCCAUUAUUUCUUGUCAUUCUUGACCCAAAGAUGUCACCAUUCCUUGUUUAUUUGUGAAGUCCCGGUCACCAUAAACUGGUGUUGAUUGGAAACUAUUCUUGAAAUAGGGCAAAACUGCUUGGCUUUCUUCUUUUUUUUUUUUAAUUAAUUUUAACAGAUGUAACUUAUACCCAUAAUAAUAAUAAAGUAGUUGUCUGUUUAGUCUUGCGUUGCUUACAAAACAAAAGCUGUGUUUGUAAUGAUAAGGAUCCACUGAGAAACUCCUGUUUUGGCAGUAAAUUUUUUGUUUCUCUACUAAUCUCAUUAAGUAGACGGGCAAUUGCAAACCUUAAUUCUUCAAGUGGCUUUCUUCAAACCCAGAACUUCCUAUGUUAAACACAGCUGCUGUGUAAAAGGAGAAGACUGCCAGCAUGUUUGUUCAUGCAUCCAGUUAUACAAUCUGCAUCUUGUGAAAAGAUUAACUGAACAGCUUGUUUUCAAAUGCCGCUUCUGGUGUUGAAACUCUUUCAACUUAGUUGAACUUUUUCAUUGUGGUGUUCACGUUUUUAUCUUUCUGGGCAGCAGUACAUGUCGCCUAGUAGUACCUAGUGACUUGGGUUCCUGCUUUCUUGUAGAGGUCAGCUCUGUUUAAAACAGUGAUCUUGCUUGCCUGGUAGCAAAGAUGCUCUUUGUUGACUUAGCUCAAGGGUGCCCAAACACUUUCAUUGUCUUAAGCCAUAAGUUGAGAUCUCAAGGGCUGCAAUUAUUCUGAAUGUUAGAUAUGUAUGAUUCAUUAUCAAAGAUGUGUUUAUUUUUUUCAUAUUGGAUAAAUUGUGGUCAGAGUGAAAUAGAUUCCCCACAGGUGUAAAGGGAGAAACAAAUAGAUCCGGCCUCUUGCCUUUCAGAGUAACUUCUUCACUAGCUGCAGCUCCAUAUCUGAAACUAAAAUGUGAAUGCUGACUACGCAGAGUAUUUUUAAUUUUCUGGAGUUGCUUAGUGGCAAUUUGGACACCCCUGACUUGAAUUUGCUGCCUACUUGAUGUAAAAGUAGCUUUAUUAUAGAAAUGUUAUAUAGAAGGAAAACAGUAGAUCACAUACCAGAGCUGUGCUUGAAUCAAGCUGCUUAAACAGUAGUGUACUUGUGCCUCAAAUCAGUUCUUGCACUGAGUACAGUAGUACCCCAUUAUCUCGGGUUUUUUUCUGUCUUUCACAAACCCCAGAAGUCCCACUAGCAUGGUUCUCUGCAGACUUUUCUUGUACUUCUGACAUUACAGUACAAUAAAGUAUGUUUUGUCCUGAA